GGUCUCUCUAUGUCUCCAGUAUACAGGCUUCUUCCACAAGACAGCGCUUCUCCUGUCCCCAUUUCUGGGAUUUAGUUGGGUGUUAGGAAUAUGGCAGUUUAUUUUUUAUUGAAAUACUUUUUUAUUUACAAAAUUAAGCAAAGUACUGCUCCGUGUGCAGUGGCGUACUGACAUUUUGUACUCUAAAAGAGUUAUAUUUACGACACCUUGGAUAAAGAAGUCUUUCCCAUGGAUGUUCCUUGGGGUGUAGUAUAUUUUUUACUUAUGCUGUACUCCAGCUACAUCUCUCCCAGUGUCAUCAACCAAGAUGUUGAUGAGUGUGUGGAAGGGACAGAUUAUUGCCAUAUUGAUGCCAUCUGCCAGAACAUGCCACUUUCUUUCAAAUGCAUCUGCAAAUCUGGAUAUACAGGAGAUGGAAAACAUUGCAAAGAUGUUGAUGAAUGUGAGAGGGAAGAUAAUGCUGGAUGUGUACACGAAUGUGUGAAUAUCCCUGGAAACUACCGGUGCAUGUGUUAUGAUGGAUUUCGAAUGGCGCAUGAUGGGCACAACUGUUUGGAUCUGGAUGAGUGUCUUGAAGGAAAUGGCGGGUGCCAACAGAUUUGUGUCAACAUAAUGGGGAGCUAUGAGUGUCGUUGCCGAGAAGGGUUCUUCCUCAGUGAUAAUCAACAUACCUGCAUUCAGCAUCCAGACGAAGGUAUGAAUUGCAUGGAUAAGAAUCAUGGCUGUGCCCACAUCUGUAGGGAGGCCCCAAAAGGAGUGGCCUGUGAAUGCCGCCCAGGUUUUGAACUAACUCGGAAUCAGAGAGAUUGCAAACUGACCUGUAACUAUGGCAAUGGUGGCUGUCAGCACACUUGUGAUGACACUGACCAUGGCCCCAGAUGUGGAUGCCAUGUCAAGUUUGUCUUGCACUCUGAUGGCAGGUCCUGUGUUGGGGAGAAACGUUUUGACCAGAUUCCUAGUGGCCCAAUCGUAGCCAAUGAGACCUGCUCUAUCAACAAUGGAGGCUGUGAGAGCCGAUGUCAUGACUUAUUGACUGGUUUGCAUUGCAGCUGCCCUAUGGGUUUUGUGUUACAGCUGGACCGAAAAACAUGCAAAGAUAUUGAUGAAUGUCGACUGAAUAAUGGUGGAUGUGAUCACAUUUGUCGCAAUUCAGUCGGAAGCUUUGAGUGUGGCUGUAGAAAGGGAUAUAAACUGCUGAUCAAUGAAAGAGGCUGCCAAGACAUUGAUGAAUGCUCCUUUGAUAGGACAUGUGAACAUAUCUGUGUGAACUCACCAGGCAGCUAUCAGUGCCUGUGUCACAAGGGCUAUGCCCUCUAUGGGGUCACACACUGUGGAGAUGUGAAUGAAUGCAGCAUCAACAAAGGAGGGUGCAGUUACAGCUGCAUUAAUACUCUCGGAAGCUUUGAGUGCACUUGUCCACCAGGCUUCAAACUUCAUUGGAACCACAAGGAUUGUAUAGAACUUGUAAAGUGCACCCCAGGGACAAAUGCCUCUUACGCCAAUUUGUCCUGCAGCCGAAACGGGAAGAAGGACAACUGCUUCCUCAACUGUGCUUUAAAGACUUUGUUUGUUCCUGAGCCUGAUACUGGUUACAUGUUCAGCUGUGGUCUCCCAGUGAUUAAACUUGCAACAGUAUCAAAACUGAACAAUAAUAGCAGACAUUAUUGUGGUGACCCUGUGAAGUUGAGGAUGUCCUUUAAGCUGAAAGACUCCAGAUGUGGAUUUAGGGUACGUGGAAAACUGAAAGCAGAAGAAGUUACAAAAAAUGGAGGUGGGAUAACGCUUUGCACAGAUUGCUACAUUACUUAUGCCCAUUUAAAAUGUGUCUCCUUGUGGAAAGCCAGAGGGCGUCAUUUUCGUUCUACACAGAAUGAAGAACUCACCAGAAUCACACUAGAACUUGAAGCUGAAGUUAAGCUAGAGGAGACCACAGCAAGUUGUGGACUGUCAUGUCUACGCCAGAAACUGGAACGAAAGUUGAAGUCCCUUCUGAAGUCUUUGAAAAAAUCCAUUCAGCAUGAGCGUUUUGUGAUACAGAUAGCUGGAGUGGAAUAUGAAGUGUCUCAGAAAGUGACUUCAGCAACUGAGCGAAGGGAGAACUGUAUUCCUGGCCAACAACGCAUAGGUGGCAAGUGUGCUAGAUGUCCCCCUGGUACAUUUUAUCAUGGUCAAAUGGACCAGUGCCAGACAUGUCUCCAGGGAACUUAUCAGAAUAAGGAAGCACAGCUGUCAUGCAUUCUUUGUCCAGGAGCUGAAGCAAUGGGACCAUCAGGAGCCACCAAUAUUACCACCUGCACUGGUCUCUGCCUCCCUGGACAGUUUUCGAAAGAUGGAUAUAGGCCGUGCCAACCAUGCCCUCGUGGCAUGUAUCAGCCAGAAGGGGGUCGUACACAUUGUUUUGCAUGUGGAGGUGGACUAAAUACAAAACACGAAGGAGCUUAUACAUUUCAGGAGUGUGACACUAAGGUUCAGUGUUCCCCUGGCCAUUACUACAACACAACAUUGCAUCGAUGUAUUCGUUGCAUGAUUGGAUUUUAUCAGCCCGAAUUCCGUCAAAAAUUCUGUAUCUCAUGUCCUGGAAACUCAAGUACAGACUUUGAUGGCUCUACGAGUAUUGUCCAGUGCAAAAAUCGACUGUGUGGUGGGGAGCUGGGUGAUUAUACUGGCUACUUGGAAUCUCCAAAUUACCCAGGGAAUUAUCCAUCCAGUGUGGAAUGUACCUGGACCAUCAAUCCUCCUCCCAAACGCAAAAUUUUGGUGGUUGUGCCUGAGAUAUUUCUGCCUUCAGAGGAUGAAUGUGGAGACCUGCUUGUCAUGCGCAAAAAUGCAUCACCUUCCUCUAUCACCACGUAUGAGACUUGUCAAACAUAUGAACGCCCAAUUGCCUUCACAGCACGUUCACGCAAGCUUUGGAUCCACUUUAAAAGCAGUGAGGUGAACAAUGCUCGUGGUUUUCAAGUGCCAUAUGUAACAUAUGAUGAGGAUUACGAGCAGUUGGUUGAGGACAUUGUGCGAGAUGGCAGAUUGUAUUCAUCAGAAAACCACCAAGAAAUUCUGAAGGAUAAAAAACUAAUUAAAGCAUUUUUUGAGGUCCUUGCACACCCUCAAAAUUACUUUAAAUAUACAGAAAAACACAAGGAGAUGUUACCUCGAUCUUUCAUCAAACUUCUCCACUCUAAAGUCUCUGCUUUCUUGCGGCCCUACAAGUAGCAUUAGAGAUACACUGCCUAAAAUGGAGAACUGCACACUGUAUUCCAGAGAGCCCAUGAUACAAGUAAAUCACCAUCAGAAUUACAGUAGGACUUUACCUCAAGACACCAAGUUAACACUUCUCACUAAGAAGAACUGUCACAUUGGGAUUACAUAGAAAUUCAACAUAGCAAGACUGAAGAAUUCUGAACAGGCUUAAAGACUUGCUUCAAUAAAUACUGCCACAGUUCUGACACAUCACCUAAAAUGUUGAUGACUUUCAGAGAAGCUGCAAAGGUGGUUGUGCCAUAUGGAUUUCUUGGGUCAUUUCAAACCAUUGGAAAGCACCAUUUGGUUUUGUAUUUCUAGAAAUUAGCUGUGAUCUACAGACACAGCUUUUUGUUGGAUUGCCUGAUCUAGUUACUUUCCUCCUGAAGGUUCAGGUCAUGACAGUUUACAUGUGUGUUUAUAUGUAUGCAUAUAUGUGUGUAUGUAUAUCUAAUAUAUAUAAUAUAUGUAUAAAUACACAGUGACAUAUCUGGGCCUAGGCUUACUAGGUCCAUGCCUAGGUUGACAGGUCCAGGGGGGCAGCAGUCCGCCUGGUGUCAUGACGCUCUAUGGGCCAGUUACAGGAGAGAUCCUUGAUCUUCCCGACCAGCCCAUUUAUACGUUAUGACUCAUUACAGCCUACAUAGACAAUAUUAGAAGGUGUUGUGUGCCUUUAAGACACAGAGCACCAAGAUAUGAUGUUUUGGCACUCUGUUCCCCCCUACAGAGGGGUUAGCUGGGGGAGUUGCCAUAGGUUGGAUAAAAACAUCUAUAUAAAUAGAGAGAGAGAGAGAUACUUGUUGAACACAUUAGAGAGUGAAACAAAUGUUUUUUUAAGUGGAAAAGUACAUUUAAAGUGUACAAAAAUAAAGCGCUUCUAAUAGAUAUUUUGAUAUAUAAAGUGAGUAUAAAUAGCUGCCAGCACUUAACACUUAACCCCUACGUGACAAUUAAACAAACAAAAGAUAGAGUGCAGCGCUCCGUUUGUAAUAACUCUAUAUUAAUAGUGUUAUGCAAUACUUGAACAUGUCUGUCCUUACAAAAUAACACCCAUCGUGCAUAAUAAAUAAAAAAAACAAACAAAAAAAACCAACAGGUAUACUUCGAUUCAGAUCACAAAUCACAUGUGAUGUCUUCUAUUAGACUCUCAG